UCUGUGCCUGCCGACCAGUUCACAAAAGAACCCUCACCAGACUCUGCGAUAAAGUCAAUCAACACCACACUGAUGAACGGCGGUUGCCCCGCUGCGCUCCGGGUUGGCCGGAUGUGGGACGUUAUUGACGAGAUUAUCAACAUUGACGAGUGCAGUGUUUAUUCGUACACGCCCGACGACGAGUCCAACCACUACGAGGACGAGAAUCCAGUUUGGUCAUUCAACUACUUCUUCUUUAACAAAAGCCUCAAGCGCAUCGUGUUUUUCACCUGCCGCUGCAUCAGCAACAUCAACGAGCUCGACGACACCAGCGACCAGGAGCUUAUUUUCGGAGAUCUGGUCGACGAGCCUGUCGAGACUGAGUUCUACCCCACCUCCCAGAGCGCCCUCAGGACGAUGGCCAUCGGAGGUGGAUUGAGGCUCUAGACACAACGAGUGCAGCAACCGUCCCUUCACUUUAACGCCCUUUGCUCUGCUCUACUUUACUUUCCCAUGCGCCACCACCCAUACUUUGGUCAACCAAAUGCCCUACCCCUUUAUGAGCGCACCGCCAAAACGACACGCAUGCCAACACACUGGCGCUUACUGGCACUCGCCGGGAGCGCUCGUGUUGUUGGUGGCGGCUGCGUAUUUGUGCGCGCCCAUUACUUUUUCUCUGAAUCAUUCAGACUUCUUUGUGAGCGCUUGGGAUCACGCCUGUUAUAAAACAACAGGUUUUGCCAGUUCGAUUCUGGCAGGAGUCAUUUUUGUUCUAAUUUUUUUGUUCUUUGUUUUACAUCUUUCACAGUUUACUUAUACUUGUUUU